AUGUCAGCGCAACAACACAUCCCAACCGUAGCGGCGGUCAGUCUGUUUGCGGUCGCCCUCAUGGCGUUGACGGCGGCGCCGGUGGCCAACGGCCAGUCGUGUCACCUGCGCGAGUUGGACCUGUGCGCGGCCACCUUGCUGGUUUUCACCCAGAAUCCGGCCGGGAUCGCCACCUCGGAGAACGAGCUCAAUAAACAGUGCGGUUUCCUACGGGAGGCCGACUUCUGUCUGCGCAACUAUACCCGCCGGUGCGCCACACCCUUACAGCGCGAGCUCAUCCAGUUUGUGACAGAGGGCUCGUUGCGGCUGCUCAAAGAGUAUUGUAGCCGCGGAUCGCAGUUACAGCACAGUUACCUAAAGCACGCGGCCUGUCUGAACGGCGCCCAACGCACCCAACGUAUAUGCGUGAAGGACCUGCAGGCGGCGCUGGAAGUGGUGACCCAGGUGGAAUGGGACAAACGCAUACCGGCCGGAUGCUGUUCGUACCGGCGGUUCGUGCACUGCACCGAGAACUUGGUGGAAAGCCGAUGCGGCAAAGAGGCGGUGGAGUUCAUGAACCUGUUGCUAAGGAUGGCGCUCUCCCGACUGCCCGACAUCGUUUGCCAGGGCUAUGGGCCCAACAAUCACGAGUGCAAAUCACUGCUACCCCCGGGCGGCACCCAUCCCAAGGGCGCCCGAUCCAACUCAAUACUGUCCAGACUGUUCUCGGCCUACACUGGUCUGUAACCAUCUAUACGCCCCCCACCCAUCCCAUUCACAUACCCCCUCUCAUUUGCUACAUAACCAUGGUUUUAUUUUCACCUAGCA